CAGAAAUGGAGAACUAUAUAGACUCUCAUAAACAAGUGUUCUUGGAACUAGAGCAAAAGGCAAAUCAAGGUGUUAAAGAGAUCACUGAGUUCGCUAAGGUUUUGGAGAACAAAAUGGAUUGAGAGAGAGCCUGCGCCAGGUCUAAUAAAUAAGUUCUCAACCUUCAAAUUUCAGCACCUGUAUGAUUCCCAAUACGGGAAGAUAUUUGAAGAGAUGGUGAAUUGUGCUGAGUCAAAGUCUAGGCAAUCGUAUGACUUAAUCAAAAAUAUCUCCCAGGAUAUCUACGAUCCCUUACAAGAAUGUGCAGAUAGUCAUUACCAUGCUAUUACAGGCAUCUCUUAUGACGGAAGGAAGGCCAUGAAGGUAACCAAAGACCUAGAAGAUGACCUCCAGACUAUUAAGGCCGAAUAUUACAGUUCUAAAGUUGAAAUGAAGCGGGCAAUUUCAAAUUAUGAAAAAUUCUGUAAAGAAAAUAAGGGUGAUGAUAAGGACACUGUGUUCUACAGAGACAAGCUCUUUGGGCAAAUGAAUUCUAAGAUGAGGGUCAGCCAUGAAAAGGAAAAUGCAUACCAGCUCCUUGUAAAGAGAGCUAAUGAUAACUUAAAAUUCUAUACAGAGAGAAUGCAAGGGUUGGUUAGGGUCUACUCCCAAAUGGAAAAAGAGCGCAAGCAGCUUAUGAUAGAUUCUUUGAACAAACUUGUAAUCUUUGAGACCAGUGUGGAGAUGACUCUGAAAUAUGAUGCUAAAAUGUUUGUCAAAUUGAUAGAGGAGAUUACCCAACCAGAAAAGGAACCGAAUGAUAAAGCACCAAAAGAAGAGACCAAGUUAGAUGAAACAACUAUGAAUGAGACUAAGGAUUCUCCAGCAAAAUCAGACACUCAAUCUGCCCUUGAUGAAGAGUACUGAGAGUACAUUUCCAAAUUUGAUCAGUUUGGGGAAUACAAGUUUGUUGAAGCUGAAGAUGAGGAGAGUGAAGUCCCUGUUAUACACGACCCUGUUAAAUCUAAAUACGAAGAAGAGAUAUUCAGCCUGGUACAGAGCUUAGUAUCUGAAGAUGCCAUCAAGGAGCCUCUGACUCAAAUGGAGAUGGAUAAUUUUAUCUCCAUCAUGGAACAGAAACUGGGAAGAACUGUGCUUCUUGACUAUCUAAAAGCAUGGUCUGGACAGAACAGUCCAAGAAUCAACUCAAGGCUCUGAUUCGAGCAACUUUCUAGACUGAUUAUAGGAUGAUUUGACAGAAUUCUUACUCACGAUGAUAGAGAAAGUGGGUUGAAAUUGAUCGAAAUUUGAAACAAUAUUUUCUACCAGCAAGACCCAUCCAAGGAGAUAAUAGACACGAGCCAACCAUUGAGGAAAUAUCUCAGCUCUUGCAUCGAAAAUCUCGGUCCUGUGAAGAAAAUUGGUUUCUGGGAGAAAAUGGCUUUUGAGAGUAUCCGGAGAGAACUCAAGAACGAGUUCUUCGAAUAUGAUUACGAAGCAGACACAGAGAAUGCUUUCAGAGAGAUUAUAUUUUACAAAUUAUCAUCGCUUCUCACAAUGAUGCUCAGCUUUGGAGUUUCCAAGGACGACACCAAGAAGUUAGUUGUUAAAUUCUGUGAAUCUCAUGAACUCAGACAGGACCAAAGAAUACACUUGAUCUCAAGAAUUGCUAAUUAUGAAACUUAUGAGGAAAAAGCAGCAAGACAAGUGCUCGAGGAAACAGAGAAAGACCAAGAAAGAGAUGAAAAUGGGCUUAAGAAAGCUAGGAAAGGCAUCCCUGACUGGCUUCAGCAGAUAGAGGCUAUACAGGCUCCGAGAUAUGAAGAUACUAAGGAAAAAGAGAACUAUUUCGGAUUUAUGAAUAGGAAAGAAACUCCUACCACUGAAGAAACAAAAGAUAAGCCUGAAAGUCCAGAAAUUUUAAAUAAAGAGAACAACGUUCAAGAAACACCAAAAGAAACUGUGCCGGACAAAGAAGAGAUUUCUAAAGAUGAAUCAGAGGAAACUAGACCUCCUCCAGAUGAGAGUGGAUAAAUCUGUACAAUCUAUGAUUGCUCUUAAACCAAAAGACUUAAAUCCAAAUCUACUAGAAGAU